GCUCGAUGAUCACAUGUGCGUUUAGUGAUUUGAAGAAAAUGUAAAGAGAUAUCGCUAAUUGGUGGAUAUAUUACGAAUCCAAGAUGCAGUUCGUCAUAAUUAUUUUAAAUAAAGGAAUUUGAGAGAAAUUGUCUUAAGGAGAAAACGUUCUCUCUUUCCGGACUUUUAUUUGAGGUUUGAAUGGCAAGUGCGGUAAACAUUGUUAAUGUUUUUCCGUGUAAUUUAUCGUAACUUUUCUUUGUAUGCGCGCUUUAGUUUUCAUUUUACAAGCUGAUACAUUUGCCCAAAUUCGUUUAAAAAUGGUGCCACUUGGACCAUCACCAGGGCAUCAAACGUCUGUCAACAACACUACAACUGCUCCUGCCACUGGAACUAAAAGUAGCUCAACAUUGAAACCGAAUUACACUCUGAAAUACACAUUGGCAGGUCACACGAAAGCAGUUUCUUCUGUAAAAUUUAGUCCUAAUGGAGAAUGGCUUGCGAGUUCUUCUGCAGAUAAAUUAAUCAAAAUAUGGGGAUCCUAUGAUGGAAAAUUUGAAAAAACAAUAUCAGGUCAUAAAUUAGGUAUUUCGGAUGUUGCAUGGUCCAGUGAUAGUAGAUUAUUAGUAUCUGCUUCGGAUGAUAAAACUUUAAAAAUAUGGGAAUUAAGCUCCGGAAAAUGUUUAAAAACUUUGAAAGGUCACAGCAACUAUGUUUUUUGUUGUAAUUUUAAUCCACAGUCAAAUCUAAUAGUUUCUGGUUCUUUCGACGAAAGUGUUCGAAUAUGGGAUGUUAGAACUGGAAAAUGCCUAAAAACGUUACCCGCUCAUUCGGAUCCUGUAAGUGCUGUUCACUUUAACAGAGACGGAUCAUUAAUUGUGUCCAGCAGUUACGACGGAUUAUGUCGAAUUUGGGAUACAGCAUCUGGCCAGUGCUUGAAGACUUUAAUAGACGACGAUAAUCCUCCUGUAUCUUUCGUAAAGUUUUCACCAAAUGGAAAAUACAUUUUAGCAGCAACGUUAGACAAUACGUUAAAGCUUUGGGACUAUAGUAAGGGAAAAUGUUUAAAAACUUAUACAGGGCAUAAAAACGAAAAAUAUUGUAUCUUUGCAAAUUUUUCGGUUACCGGAGGAAAGUGGAUUGUUUCGGGUUCCGAAGACAAUAUGGUAUAUAUAUGGAAUUUGCAGACCAAGGAAAUUGUUCAAAAACUGCAAGGUCACACAGAUGUUGUACUGUGCACGACGUGUCAUCCGACGGAUAACAUUAUAGCUUCAGCUGCACUUGAAAACGAUAAAACUAUCAAAUUGUGGAAAAGUGACACGUAG